AUGAAAUAUUUUUUGUUACAUUCACUCCAUGCCCCUCUCAUUUUCUCACACCACCAUGGAGAGAUUUCUGGUUUCAACAAUUUUAUCAAAACUGCUAACCCAUCCAAAUACCCAGAAGACUAUUUCCUUGCUUUGGUGUGGAUUCGCUUUUUUAAGUGCACAUUUUCUGAGUCUAGCUGUGUCACUUGGAAGAACUGUCCAGCCAAUGCGUCCUUGGAAUGGUUGCCUAGGUACCUUUUUGACAUGGGCAUGAUGGAAGAGAGUUACUAUAUAUAUAAUGCUGUGUAUGCUGUGGCUCAGGCCCUUCAUGAGAUGCUUAUUGGUCAAGCAGAAGCACAGCCAGUGGGAAAUGGAAGAAAACUUCAGUUUUCCCCUUCUCAGCUCCACCCCUUUCUGAAGAACAUCCAUUUCAACAAUCCUGCUGGUGACCAAGUGAUUUUGGAUGAGACAAAGAAAAUGGUGGCAGAGUAUGACAUUGUGAACCUUUGCAAUUUUCCAGAAGGUCUUAGGCAAGUGAUGAAAGUGGGAAACUUUUCUCCAUAUGCACCACAUGGGCAUCAAUUAUCUCUAUCCAAUGAUAACAUAGAAUGGCCCAUCUCAUUUACGGAGACUCCGCAGUCUGUCUGCAGUGAGAGUUGUGGUCCUGGAUUCAGAAAAUCCCCUCAGGAGGGAAAGUCUGUCUGUUGCUUUGAUUGUAUCCCUUGCCCUGAGAAUGAGAUUUCUAAUGGUACAGAUUUGGAACAGUGUGUGAGGUGCCCAGAUCAUCAGUAUGCCAACAUAGAGAAAAACCUCUGCCUGCUGAAAUCUGAGAGCUUCCUGGACUCUAGGGACCCUCUGGGGAUGACUCUAGUCUGCUUAGCUCUCUGCCUCUCUGCACUAACCACUGCUGUUAUUGGGAUUUUUACAAAGCACAACAACACUCCCAUUGUCAAGGCCAACAACAGGGCUCUCAGCUACAUCUUGCUCAUCUCCCUCAACUGCUGCUUUCUUUGCUCCUUGCUCUUCAUUGGACAUCCCAACACAGCCACGUGUGUCCUCCAGCAGACCACAUUUGGAGUUGUGUUCACUGUGGCUGUUUCCACUGUCUUGGCCAAAACUGUUACUGUGGUUCUGGCCUUCUCUGUAACUUCUUCAGGGAGAAGGAUGCGGUGGUUGCUGGUGUCAGGAAUGCCUAACUUCAUCAUUCCCAUCUGCACGCUGAUCCAGCUCAUUCUGUCUGGAAUCUGGUUGGGCACUUCUCCUCCAUUUGUUGACACCGAUGCACACUCAGAACAUGGCCAUAUUAUCAUCCUGUGCAACAUAGGCUCAGCCACUGCCUUCUAUUGUGUCCUGGGAUACCUGGGCUCCCUGGCCCUGGCAACCUUCACUGUGGCUUUCUUGGCCAGGAAACUGCCUGACACCUUCAAUGAGGCCAAGUUCCUGACCUUCAGUAUGUUGGUGUUCUGUAGUGUGUGGGUCACCUUCCUGCCUGUCUACCACAGCACCAAGGGGAAAACCAUGGUGGCCGUGGAGGUCUUCUCCAUCUUAGCUUCCAGUGCUGGCCUGUUAGGCUGCAUCUUUGUCCCUAAGUGCUAUGUCAUCUUGUUGAGGCCAGAGAGAAAUUCUCUGCAUGGUACACAUUCUGAACAUGACCACAUCAUCAUCCUGUACAACAAGGGCCCCCUCACUGCUUUCUACCAGGUCCUGGGCUCCCUGGGCUCCCUGACCCUGAGAAGCCUCACUGUGGCUAGUUUGGCCAGGGACCUGCCUGACACCUUCAAUGAGGCCAAGUUCCUGACCUUCAGUAUGUUGGUGUUCUGUAGUGUCUGGGUCACCUUUCAGCCUGCCUACCAUAGCACCAAGGGGAAAACCAUGGUAGCUGUGGAGCUCUCCACCUUGGCCUCCAGUGCUGGGCUUAUAGGCUGCAUCUUUGCCCCUAAGUGUGACAUCUUAAUAAGGUCUGAUAAAAAAUGUCAUUGUGAUUUCAGGGCUAAAAACCAUUCCAAGGGAAUUCAGCUUUGUUAA